AGUACUAGUACUUUCGGCGAAUAUAAUUAUACUGCGGGACACCUGUGCUGCGUCGCUGUAGUUGUGUCACAUACCCAUUCAUCGGAGGUGUCGCCGUCCCCGGGGUGUGUCCGCCGAUGACGUGAACGUGGUAGUUAAAGUUUGUCAAAGAAGGGACAUGUCGAUCACCGGUUUCAAAAGACGGAAGCGAAGUGUCAAACGAGUUACUUUUGACGUCCCCGGCAACACCGAUGACGUUUGCGAGCAAAAUGUUACGAGGAUGACUCGUCGCAGUGAGAGCCGGUCGAGAAAGGGAAGAUCUACAAGCUCCUCCCCUACAGCUAUGAAAGGGACGACGAAAUCCCGCCGGCGAAACCAACAGAACCCUGAAGAGGUUGCUAGCUCUGCAUCGAGUGAAACCACCGACAACCAGUCCACGCCUGAAGACUCGGGAGUCGGCAAACGUCAGAGCCAGAGAAAUCUAGCCAAGGAUAAAGAUGGCGGAAAAGAGAAAAUUAAAACCGACCCGGAAAUAAUUAAAAUGGAGACGCAAGACAGUAACGACGAUAAGCCAGUGACGUCAAGCUUGGGUGUGAAAAAUAAAGCUGGAAAUAAGGUUGUGAAGAAAAGUGAGACUGUUACCAAGACGACCAUUGAUCAGCCUGUUAUGUUGACUGCCAGUGCUAAGGAACUGGAUCCCGCUCCUGUUGUCACUAUGCCAGAUGUCUGUUCAGUUGCCGAGCUACCAAUACCAACAGUUGUAAGCUUUCCCAUUACCCCCAGUACAUCUAAUUCUGCCAUCAAGUCGAUUCUCGAGUCCACCGACACUCCUGGAGACUCUGGAAUCGAGAAAUCGCCGACAGAAAACCCCAGCAUGAGAGCUAUCGCAAAGCCGCCGAAAAAACGUAAAGCUGAGCCUGAGCCUGAACCGGUAUACUCUCCGCCGGUGAAACGAAUCGCUGUCGAUUUGAGCGACUGGAAGAACCAACGGGUGCUGGCGAAACGAGAACAGACGUUCCACGCUGGGGUGGUGAAACACAUCCGACAGAAUCGCCACAUCGGUGUGCUGUUUGACGACAAGACCAUGAUUUGGUACAACGACAUCCUUAAUGCACCCCUCAUCGACAUCAUCAGCGACAACUCCCCCUCAGGGUCACUGGUGGAGGAAGGGACGCGGGUCUGUGUGAGGAUCUCCAACGACGAGAACGUCUUCUACGAAGGCCGCGUGCUGGAAAAGCGAACCCAACCCGUCGCGUACAGGGUGAAGCUCGACAUCCGCCCAUACCCACAGAGCGACAACGAUGUAUUCUGCGUAACGAGAGCAAGUGUUCGUCUUCUACAGCCCCCGUGGUUCGAGGACUUGGAGGACGGGUGUCUGGAUAAUGACAUUUUCCCCAUCAUGCCUGGUGGUGGUUAUCGUAUUGAACGGCCGACAUCUAGCAUUGCCAGCGUCGCCAGCACCGACAAGCUGGACUCGUCUGAGGAUGAAAUGACGGCGGAGAAUUUGAGUUUCGAUUCGUCGGGAAUGAGUACUCCACGGUCGGGUAGUGCCACUCCGGGAAUGAAAUCUCAAAAUGGUGGACGCGACCGUAACAAACAGCCGCCCAAGAAACGCGAGUCGGCCCGUAGUCGCAGCGCUCAGUCGACAGAAAGCAGCCGAUCCAGUACUCCGCGGUCGCCCCUGACAACGAAAUACAAAAAAGGUGAUGUUGUGUCCACGCCGAAUGGAAUUCGUAAGAAGUUUAACGGUAAGCAGUGGCGAAGACUGUGUUCAAAAGACAAUUGUACGAAAGAGUCCCAACGUCGUGGAUUCUGUUCACGACAUUUGUCUCUAAAGGGUAAGAAUAUCAGACAGGCCCCGACGUUUCCUGGAUAUCGGAAGGGCGAGUUGAAAGAAGGACAGAUUCAGUGGUCGGAGAAUAGACUGCAAGAUGGCGAGAUCGACAGAAUUAAUUACGUCCCGACAAAUCAGUUUGAUAUGGACGAGAAAGAGGCAGCAAAUAUGUUAGUGUCGCUUGGCAAUUCCCGAUCUACCACGCCCGCAUUUUCACCGACUCCCCAGACUCCACUGUCACCGCACCAUGGCCACCAGUCGCCGACGGGUAGUGGUAUUUAUAGAAGUGGGUCCACUUCAUUCACGCCUAUAUCUCCGCACACGAACCCUCAAACCCCUUCUCGGCUGUGGAGUAGUUCGGGAACCUCAAAAUCGGGAAGCUCCUCUUCCGAGCACGUCUCUCCGAUUACGCCACGAUUUCCGUCAACACCGGUGGGUCAUUCCGCAUUUCAGCCUCAUCUUGCCAACAGACUGGAGCGUGGGAUUGUACCGAAGCCUCGCAGCAUUGCGCUGACCAAACAGGACUCUGGCAAGAGUGAGGAUUCGGGAAUUGAUCUGCAGACACCAAAGACCCCGACGAACAAAGUGUUGAAUCAUGCGGGAGGUUAUGCUGGAGCAGCGGGAAUAUUGUCCUCGCAGAUCCAGCAGCGGCUUGCCGCACAGAAUGCGGAAAUGGUUCACGAGACGAUGGGGACGGCAUUUGUUUCUGUUCCGCAGAAUUCCGAUGGGCAGACGGACAUGCGGAAGUACGCCAGUAUGAUGGCAGAGUCAGCGGUGCAUGCGAUGGACAGUCAUCAUGUCACCUCAGCCGAGCCAAUGAACAUGCGGCACCACUCGCAGCCCACGCACGAGAUGGAUCUGUCUGUCAGACGGAAUGUUAAUCAAACCGAGCACGCCCAGAGACAUUCGACGUCGAUUAUUCAGCAGCAGCUACAGUCUCGUCACCGCGACGCCGUGGACGUGAACAGAGAAACACAUCUGGCCAUGCUGGGACAUGACGGGCAUCAGGCUAAGCUAGCCAGUCAGCAGAGUUCCCAGAAUACCUUGCACCAGCAAGCGAUGUCGAAGGAACAGUUGUACAGCCGAGUGUUGAACAGUGUUAAAGACCAGGCAGCUGAUAGUGCCAUGCAGGAAUACCGCAGCAUCGUCCGCACACAGCGGAAUCCCAGUCAGUCGGUGGUGUAUCCGUCGGCAACGGCCAAUACUCGCAACAACGUCCCAAAAGAGGCGACACCAGCCGAAGUCACUGCUGAUGAGCCUUCCACGAAUGAAAUCCGCGUGUAUCCAUGGCACUCGCUGGUUCCGUUUCUCACAAGUACCGGUGCCCCGAAGCCGCCCGCCAUACCUGACGAAUCCAGCCAAUCACAGAUCAAGCCAGAACCGGGGGUAGAUCCUACCACACGCAGUGAUCAAGCACCUCAUAGUGUCGCUGAAACAACCUUUAAGGUUGACGUUGAUGACGACGAUGACGAUGAUGUUUUUGAGACGGUGCCGUUGUCCCCCAAGAAACCGUUGGUGCCGCGGUCGCCGACGAAGAGACGCACGAAGUCGCUGAGCGCCAUAAAAGACAAGGAGGAGCCUUGCAGUCCAAGGAAGACGAAAGACAAAGACCACAUCCGUCGUCCGAUGAAUGCCUUCAUGAUAUUCAGCAAGCGCCACCGCGCGGCGGUUCACCAGCGCCACCCGAAUCAGGACAACCGCACGGUCAGCAAGAUCCUCGGCGAGUGGUGGUAUGCACUCGGGGUGGCCGAGAAACAGAAGUACCACGACCUCGCAUCGCAGGUGAAGGAGGCUCACUUCAAGGCUCACCCAGAGUGGAAGUGGUGCUCCAAGGACAGGAAGAGAUCCAGCACGAUCGCGGCGGCGCUCAAACAGCGAGGUGGUGGUAGUCGGCGCUUGAGUUCAACAGACGACAUGGAUGACAUCACAGAACUUGAUGAGAAAUUCUUUGAGGAGUCUGAGCUGAAGGAGAAGGAGGAAGAGAGCGUGGUGGAGCCUCCGUCGAUGGUGUUUGAUGCUCCUCUUGCGUACCCGCGCCUGGCGAGCAUCCAGAGAGCCAGACCCCACAGUUUGUCUGCCGUACCCAAGGAGGACGAAAUCCGUGGUAUCGAUCAAGCCAAGUCUUUUUUAAAGAGAGAUCUGACUGGAUACCCUGAGGCGUUCACCAGGGAGUCUGGUUUAUCUGUCGGUAAGCCACACCCACUGUAUCAGUCGCAGAGUGCUUCCACGGCAACCGAUUUACCUCCCACCAGUCACCAGUACCAGCAAGUACAGCCGGUGGAACACGCCGUAUCCAUGGCACCCGGACACCCGUCUCACCCGAUGCCGGUUGCCAUGGGAGGAGACCACAGUCGAAUGUCGCGGCGAACUGGUUACAGGAAUCUCGGCUCGAUGGGGGAGGAAGAGGACAGCGAUGAAGAGAAGAUGGUUAUCUGUGAAGAACAGGAAGGUCAUGUCAGCGACAUUGAUUUGAACUGCAAGGAGCACGUGUCUGACAGCGAGACAGACAGUCAGACUGAAGAAGACACGCUGAUAGAGAACAAGGCGUUUCCACAGCAACGCUUCUCACCGGUCAUGAAGCACAUCACCCCUGCCGACGUCGCGUACCGGCCCAAACCGAUCCGACGCAUUAUUGAAUCACAGGGGAGUGUGGAGGGCAUGGGGUCACCGACAAAUAAAUAUCUAAUGGAUUCCGUCAUGAUCCCUCGGCCGUCCAGUACGGGAUCAAAUUUUCAACCGAAGGGCGCUGUGUUCAAGGCAAAACCGAAACCGUCACGGAUUAUGUCCCUUGGAUGUCUGGACGGUUCAGCGGAAGGUUCGGAGAUGAAGAAGGAUCAAAGGGGAGACUACCAGUUUGGUGGGAAUCCACGUCUGCCAUACACGCAACAGCAGACGGUGAAAGUGGGUCAGAUGAAGAUCCACAACAUCACCAUGACACAGGAUAAACAGCAGAUUAUUCUGUCAUCCAACAUGCAGACGACACUGGGAAAACAGAACGGCCGGGGUCCGAUUCUGGGGAAGAUGAGUCAGAAGGCUCCGAAAUCGACGAAAGUGGUGACGCAGAUGCCGCAGACAGUUCAACAGAUCUCAUUUCAAGCUCCGCCCAACGCUCAGUAUGCGAGGACUCCCAUGUCGAGCAUGGUCCAAAUAAUGGCAGCUCCGCAGGUGGUUGCCACGACAACGUACACUAGCGGAAUGGUCGCCCCGACCUUCACAACAACGAGCAAACCGAUAACAACUCCAGUUCCGAUAGCAUCGAAACCGACUCUUCCCAUAUCACAAGGCAGCGUCUCUGGGCCCAAACCCAUGGCACAGAACGGUGCCAUGCAGCCGCAAGCAGUUGUCGCCGGUAACCAGGGCAAUGGCAGCGGGCUAAAGAACGUCGUCUUACUUCAGAGCAUUCCAAACAGUCACAACAGCGUGACGAUAAUCAACCCACCGAACAUGGGCGCUAGUAAAAUGAAUCCCGUCAAUUCUAAUGUACAGUCUUCAGUUAAUCCCGGUGGAUUUAUUACGACAACGUUGAGGAACAUCGUCCCUCCACAGCAGCAGCAGCAGGCGUUGCAGCAGCAGCAACAGCAACAACAACAACCACAGAAUUUGGCCCAACAGGCAUUGCUGACGAACCUGGUUCUCAAGCAGUCGGCAAAUGUAGCCGGUGCGACCGUGACUUUGGGACAGCCGCACACGCCCACACAGACUAUUAACCUGAGUCAGGCCGCACUACAGACUCCGACCCACGUGCAAUACAUCCUGCCGUCGGUGCGCGUGCAGGCCACGCCCAACGGGGGCAAGGUUCAAAACAUCCUGCAGAUGGCGCUGCCCGGAAUGGCCGUGCAGCAGGCGAACAUUCUGACCGUGGCCGGCCCCAGCCACUCGUCGCAGCCCAGUCCCCAGCCGGUUCAAACCGGUCGGUUACAGAUUUCACCGGCUCCGACUGCCACCGGAAUACGCAUGACAACAGUGUCCAAUGCGGCGAAGUUGGUGUCCCAGCAACAGCAGCAGCAGCAGCAACAACAACAACAACAGCAGCAGAGUUAUGUGACUGGCAUGAAGCCGCAGACCCAGGCUGUUGCCAUGGUUACACAGCUUGUGACGGUGAAUCCCACACCGGCUGUUAUGGCGACGGCAACUCAACCGCAGCAAGUACAGCUAUCGCAGCAUCAGUUUCAACAGCUACAACAGCAGCAACUGUUACAACAACGCAUUCUUCUUCCCUCCACAAACAAAAUAACCUAUGUGCAACAAGGAACUGCUGGUUCGGUUCCCGUGGCAACCACACAAACCACCAAGAUGGAGGCGUACAUCCCAGCUUAUGUUAGUCCGGUGUCCCAAGGUCAACAGAUGCAGCAAGUUCUGAUUCAAUCCCAGGCUGUUCCGACGCCCUCCCCUGUAGCAAGUCCCGCCCCUCCUGUCAUUCAAGCUACACAGCCCAACAUUGCCCCGAAGCCCAUCGUCACCCUCCACAAAUCUCAGAGCCCUCCGCAGGCCACCAGUCCAAUGUUUUAUGGAGUCAUGAAUCUCAAAUCGUCCAGCUACAUCGCGUAUCCGAGCGACGGGAAGGGAGAGAUUGGCUACAUCAGCAGUCCAAACGUGUCGACGAAACCCACCAAGGUGAAGGCCACCACGGCUAGCAUCCCCGUUGGUACGGAGAGUAUGCAGAGGAUACAGUCGACACAAGGACGGCAGAUGGCAAGCAGCUCUCCUAGACCGGUCCCAUCGCCCAACUCGUCUGUCCCAUCGAGUGACGGGAUACCAGUGCAUGCCGGACAGAACUCGGACAUGUCUGCGGCCAAUCAGAAUGCUCUGCGCGCCCAGUACUCGACCUCUGUGGCUAGCAUGAGUCAGCCACCCGUCUCCGUCGGUAGUUACGACGGGGGGCAGAACCGGGACCUGUACGAUGAUUGCCGCGACACCAACGUUGGAAAAAGUCCACAGCGCGCGUGUAAAGGUCGGCGGUACGAGGAGCUCAGGGAGAAGGAAUCGUUCGGGAUGAGGGGGCGGGAGAAGAUGGGCAAGUCGAGCCCAUUGAUAGAAGAGUUUUCUAAAUCGGAGCAGUCUCGAGGUGUUGGGGAUAUGGACUCGUCGAUACAGGCGACACAGAAUUCACAACAACAGCAACAACAACAUGCCCAGCAACAGCAUUUACAGCAGCUACAACAGCAGCAGUUGUCGGCGCUGCAUCAUCAACAGCAGCAGCAUUAUUAUGCGACAGCACAACAACAGCAUCAACAAUACAUAUCGCAGCAGCAGCAGCAGCAACAACAACAACAACAGCAGCAGCAGCAGCAGCAGCAACAUCAGACAGAACAAAGUGUACAACACGUCCAGUUCUCAGUUCCUCAGUCUACGGCCCAGCAGUUCUCCUCGCAGCAGCAGCAGCAGCAAACGUCGCAAGAACAGUCCUCUGUUGCUAAGCAACCGUCGGAUGAUAACGCCGCGUCUGGCCAAGAAUCUUCUUCAACGGCCAAACCUAAGCACAAACCACCACCGAUAAUGGUACCGCCGGAAGUGAAUCAGUCACCGAUGCCAUCGCCCAGCGUGAACAGUCCUCGACGAAGCUUCUUUAAGAAGUCAGUGGAUGAUGGGAUGGAUAAGGUGCUGGAGCAGGUGAAUUUCGAGAAGAAGUUUGAAUCUCUCCCACAGUUUGUUCCCGAAGAGUCUGAAACGUUGACGCCGAUCCCACAGAGUCCUCGAGCUAUCAUCAGCGGCUACCGCAAAAAGAAGAAGACGACAACAUCGGGGCUAGUGAAGGACGCCACUGAUGGUGAUAACAAGGUCUCCAGUGAGUCCGGAACGCCGACGCCGAUGACUCCGAAAAGCGGGCGAUUCGAAGACACCAAGUUCUUUGGUAGCAACUUCAACCUGGAGGCGAUGGAGGCCGGCAUCGACCCGGCAAUUCUGUCUCGGAAAGAAUUUGAGGAACUUCAGUCGCCACGCACGCCGAAAACUCCUUGUUCUCCGGGGACGUUCUCCACUCGACGAAUCCUGGACCAGAGAAGGCAGCUUGUGUUACAGCUGUUUGAAGAACAGGGGCUCUUCCCUUCAGCUCAAGCCACUCUGGCAUUUCAGUCAAAACAUUUUGACAUCUUCCCCAACAAACUGUGUCUUCAGCUGAAGAUUCGCGAGGUCAGACAGAAGAUGAUGGCCCAUUCCUCUCAGGUUGUGCGCGACUACCAGGGGGCGCCGUCCACCCCAAACUCGAUCGACGGGGAGACAACUACAGCCAGUAGUACGUAUCCCAGCCCGCCUUCCUCCACCUCGCAGACGGCGUCUGCCGGUCAGAUGGGAACCAUGGCAACGGUGACAUCUGGUGGCCAGGUUCAUCAGACAGGGGGAACAACUUCGUCACCAUCUUCAGGGCAGCCGUUCACACAAACGAGUUACUCGGUUUCAAAUUCACAGUAGAUUUCAUCUGAUAUUUAUUUGUAAUGGUGACAUCUGGUGGCUAGGUUCAUCAGUCAGGGGGGACAACUUCGUCACCAUCUUUGAGGCAACCGUUUACACAAACAAGUUACUCUAUUUCAAAUACACAGUAGAUUGCACUUGUUGUUAAAUUUCUCCUGCAUAACGAAGGACCCCCAUCUAAUAUUUAUUUGUAACGGUAACACCUGAUGGCCAGAUUCAUCAGACAGGGGAGACAACUUUGUCACCAUCUUCGGGGCAGCCGUUCAUACAAACGAGUUGGAUCGGUUUCAAAUGCACAGUAGAUUACAGUUGUUGGUAAAUCACUCCUCCAUUAUGAAGGAUCCCAUACAAUAUUCUCAGUUUCAAGUACACAAUAGAUUACUGUUGGAUUUGUUAAAUCCCUGCUGCAUAACGAAAGGAUCCCCAGGUAAUAUUUAUUUUGGAAUAGUGACAUCUGGGUUUCCAAAUGUAUCAGGAGGGACAACGAAGUAACCUGCUGGGGAUUCACAUGAUUUAGUUACUCAAUGCCAAAUGCACGAUAGACUUUGGUUGUACUUGUUAAAUCCCUCCUUCAUAACAAAUAGCCCCCAUUUAAUAUUUAUUUGUUGAAGGUGUGACGCCUGGUGUCCCAGAUGUACCAGGAUUGGGCAUUCACAUGAUCUAGUUACUUGGUAUAAAAUGCACAAGACUUUGGUUGUAGUUAAAUCCCUCCAUUAAGACGGACCCUAUCUAAUAUUUAUUUUGUGAUAAAUGUGCUUUUAAAACAACAGAUAAAGUGCUUUAAUCUAGGAGUGCAGAAAAAAAUUACGAAAAAAAGAUCUUAGUGUUUAUAUUUUACUAAAAAGUUAAGAUCUUGAUGUAGAUUUUAUUCUAGGUGUACAAAAUGAUCAUCAUUGUUACAUGGAAGUAUCAUGUAUAGGUUUUCAUGCCAAGCUAUUCAAAUGUUCAGAGAACAUUUUGUUUUCAUAAUUUUGAUUAGCAACUAGUAAUUAACGUUACAGAAUUGUGUAGCUGUAUGUGAAACUUGCAUUGCAAAUCACAACUUGAUACUGAACAAAGUAUUCCCUGAUAUUACAGCAAAGUUUCAAGACCAAAAUUGAAACAGAUUUAUACUUUAAAAAAAUGCUUUAAUAUUUCUCCUCCUCCUCUCCCCACCCCCCGAUAUCGUGGUGCUUGUAUAAUGCUGUUUCUAAGGGUAUUUAUUUUCAGUGCUGAUUUAAUUUAACUAUGCCCUUUGCAUUGUGUUCUUUGUAGUUUGCAGUUUUAAAACUGGUCCCACUGGUAUCAUUGCCUAAAUAAGAAGACAACAUGACUUAAGCUAUACGUCAUAGGUGCUAAACUUUGAAAAAUAGUCCCUCUUUUUCUUUCUUUUUUCUUUCAAAGAUAAUUUAAAAUAUUUAUAUAAAAUAGACUAGACUUGUAUGGAGCGAAAGUGGUCAGAGAAACAGAAUGGGAGACAUCUCAUUAUUUAAGUAGAUCCUGAAACGUAUGUUGUUCUCCUGUUUUUCUUAAAUAAUAAGGUUAAUAUUUUUUGGCAGUUUGGACCCAUUACAUAAUUAGAAUCACUGCAUGUUCUCAAAUUGGUAGUACUGCUUCCAUUUUGACUUUUUGAGGAUUGCAACACAAACUCAGAUUUUCUGUUUAAAAUUGUUUUGGUAUCAUUACAAUAAUCGGUUAACUAUAUGACAUAAUAAUUUUAUAAACAUAAAAGUAAACAAAAUUUGUAUCUAUUUUUGUUUGCCAUUGUUCAUAUGUAUGGCACAAAUGUUUUCGUAGGAUGAAGAAUGUUUUUAUUAAUGUUUCCAUCUUUGUAUUUCAUGGUUAUGUAUAUCAGGUCAGUGUUUUCAAUAUGCUGAGAAAAGUGUUACGUUCGAUUUUGAUGUUAUAUGCAUUCAAUAUGAUACGGGGCGGGAUGUAGUCCAGUUUAGGAUCAAUUCACAUUGGUGGGCCCAUUGGGCUAUUUCUCGUUCCAGCCUUUGCAUCAUGACUAGCAGGUUUCCUCUCUGUCAAAUUACCAAAUGUUUAACAUCCAAUAGCUGAUGAUGAAUAAAUCAAUGUGCUCUAGUGAUGUUGUUAAACACUUUUUUUCAAUACGAUAAAUAAUGGUGAACAAAAAUAGAUAUACAUUUUAUCUUUGAUUGCAUCUGUAAAAAUAUAUAUGGGAGUUGGAACUAAUUUGUGAAGUUUCAUAUAUAAAAUUAUUAUAUAAUUUGUAUUAUGAAUCAUUAGUUACUUGAUUAAGUUAAAUGUAAUGAAAUAAUUGGCAUGAAUAAUUAAUAUUACUUUAUUAAGUGUACCGGUAAUGAAAUAAUUAAUAUAUAAAUUAAUAAUUAAUUAAUUACUAAAUAGCUCUGUUGCUGUUGAGUUUUAACCUUAAACUUAAAUUAUUGAUUUUGACACAUUCAGUACAUUUCUGAUCGUUCUCUUGUUUAUGACUCAAAAUGUGACAAUAACUUGAGGUUUUGGUCACAAACAAAAAGACGUCUUCUAAGAACUGGCUAAUGUAUUUUUAAAAACCCAGAAUUGGUGCCUGUCAUAUUUAACAGUUGCGAAUAUUUCAUGUUUUAUUUUGCGACAUGACAAAAGACGUAUGUGAUACCUGUCAUAAAAACCGAUACCUCAUCGUUUUUCUUUUUCUUCUUUUAAUUUUUCUUUUUUUUAAUAUAAGAAUUGAUGACCUCAGUCUUAAAUUAUAUGGCUGUUGGGCCACAAACUCUUAUAUCUACCAUUAGCACGUUUUGGAGAGUGCCGUGGGUUCUAUGUUCAUUGUGCUCACAAUUAGUACUGUAUAGAGUAUAUAUAUUAUGUUAUUCCAUGUUCAUGACUGAGAAUAUAUGUUAUUCUAUGUUUAAGACUGGAGUGCUGAAACUUGUAAAGAAAAAAAAGAAGAAAACAAAAGGUUAUGGCUGCAUAUGAAGUCCUUUUAGAUAUGAUUCAAGAUAUUUGACGAUAUAUAUCAGGCUGUUCAUCUUCAGUUUUCCAUUUUCAUUAAUUUGUCUGCAAACAUCACUGUUGGUGCUUGUAUAUUACUUCCUAAGACAUGAGGUUAAACUACUUUCUUUUUGUUAAGGACUGUUCCAAAAAUAGUAGAGUGUAUUUGAUCGGAAAUGCUGGGGGAAAUUUUUUUAUUUAGAUAUUGUGUAUAGGUUUUAUCUUUUUAAACAUCAUUUCAGCUUUUUGUAUUUUCAUCUCUGCAUUAUUCAUUACCACUCCAUUUCAUUGUUGGUGUUUUUUGAAGUACCUGAAGUAUAGUGCCUGUGUUUAUAAAACUUGUGAUGGUCCAGAUUUUGUUUGGUGUGCCCAUUAAAUGUUCAAAGUCUUUAAGACCCAAAACGUCCAUUUCCCACCCUCCCCCACCCCAACUCCUUUCAAGUAUUUACUCCCCUUUUUAAGUUAAUGGACCACUUUUUUUUCAAAGCCCGUUUUAGUCUUGCACUUGCUUGUAACUACCUGUAUUUCCAAUGUUUACACUUGCAUUUAAGAAAAACAGGCCAUUGUUUUUGGAACAGUCCUCGUGUAUCACUCUCUUUCACAAACUUUUCAUUUUCUGUUGGCUAUGUCUGAGAAAGGACUCGGGGAUGGUGUGGUCUUCACAAACCCAGUUCACAACGCUGCAAUACGUGUCAGCGUUCUAUCUGUCUUUCCACCACGUAUGUUUUUAUUUUGCAUUUAUAAUACUGCGUCUCGUUUCCCAUUGAAUUAAUUAUCGUUGAAUUUUACACACAACAUUUUUAUUGUACAGAGUUCAUUGUACAUAUCUAGGAUUGACGUCGUUGAUCUGUUGGUUUUAUCAUAAGUUAUUACAUUUAUUUGUAUAUAUACUCAUCUUUAAAUGGCAUCUUGCUUUCAUGUCUGUCCGACACUACAGAAUAUUAGAGUUUGUCAUGUUAUACGUUACUUUGUUGGCAUUGAUUCUGAAUUUCAUAGGGCCUUCCUGUCAUUUACUCCAUGAGCCGAAUUUACAAAGACCUGUUUUCUCAUACACACGUGUAACUACAUACGUUUACAAUAAUUAAAUGCUUAUGUUUAAGAAAACAACUGGCUUCAUAAAUUCGGCCCCAUAUUUUUGUGUUCCUCCUAUAGGUGGGACGUAGGUGACCAAUAUAAGGGGUUUUUUUGUUUCUUUUUUCACUAAAUGUGUCUGUAUAUUUUAUUAAAUUUUUCAUGUUUGUUUUGUUAAUAGUCCAAAACCAUGUUUUGUUUUGGGUAUCAGGCCAGAGAUGUAGGGAAGCAUUAAUUAUUGGCAACUUGAUCUGUUGCAGACAAGCUUGGUCUUGCCAUCAUCUCUUUGUUGGAUGUUAGAUCAGGGGCCUAUUUCAUUAUAAACUCUCGCAACUUUGCAAUCUCGCAGUGCAAUGCUAAAAGACUUGCAAAGAGGAUGCUUUGUUGUCUAGCAGAGCCUAAGAGAUCUUUGUGAAUUAGGCCCCACAGAUGUAGCUAGUUUUCUAGAUGCAGCAUUCAUUUUAUUGGCUACAUAAACAAACAAGCCAGAUCCCGACCACCACCUCAGUUAAUCUACUUUCUGUGGCAGUGGCAUAACGGUUAAGCUAUUGACUUUAAGAUUGCUAGGCACUAGGAUCGUAUCCUUGUACCGGCUUCAACCCAGUGAGAGUUGGUGGCUCAGUAUGGAAAAGUAAUUAAGGCCACUACACUGACUUCUUUCUCUCUCUCUAACCAUUGACCUACUGUCAUAGACAAGCAGCUCAGAUUGCCGAGGUGUGUGUGCCCAAGAGAACAUGCCUGAACAUUAAGUGGAUUAUAGACCCGGGGCCUAAUUCACAAAGGUCUCUUAGGCUCUGCUAGACAACAAAGCAUCCUCUCUGUAAGUCUUUUUGCAUUGCACUGGAGAUAGCAAAGUUGCGAGAGUUUAGUGAAUUAGGCCCCUGGUUAAAGUUGGGGAUAGGGGUUGUGGGUGGAAGGAACUGAUGACUUCACAAUAUUUUAGAACUUUUUUUUUUGUGUGUUUUUUUGGUUGGGGUGUUUUUUGGUCAUGUCAGAUGUAUCUGGCCUCAUAACCGAAACAAAAAAUGGUUGUGGUUUCAUUUCUUUAAAACUUUUUUUUGUGUGUGAUGAAAGACGUUUGCACAAAGUGCAGAAUAGACUCCCCGGUGUCUAAAUGUCAAGAUUCCCAUUUCCCAGGACCCAGUUUUUGUUAAAUAUCUUGACAUAUGUUAAUCAAAAUACAUACAAUGUUAGGGAAUUCUACUUAGCAUACAACUUGACAUUAAUUCAUUUUUGUUUUGUUUUUCUAUGGGUUGUAAAUUAAACUUGAUAUAACAUAGCCCUUGGUAGAUAAUUAUUUAAUAAGAAUUAUUCAUUAAUAUUUGAAUUGUGAAUUUACAAAUAUUUUAUUUUUCAUUUAAUAUUAAACAAUUUCAUUAUGACAUGUUACUCAGUGUCUCAUUUUAAUUUAAUUAAUUUUUAAUUAUUAUAUUUUAUGGUAAUAUUCUAAAAUUGAUGUUUCACAUGUUCUUUGUUAAUCAACAACACAUUAACAAAUGAAAGAGCAAUAAUAAUGCAUAAAUUACAAGAUCAUUCUUUUCUCAUUUGUAAUUUAUAACAUUUUGUUCCUCUUCUUUCUUUUUUUUUCUAUUUGUUUUUCAAUUAUUUACUGGUUCUUUUUGUUCACAAAUAAUAUUUUAAUUGUUCCAGAAUUUUAUUUAAUUAGAUACAAAUAGUGGAGAACAUACUAAUGAUUAAGGUUUAGAAGAUAGUCUAGCAUUUUUGUUUGUCAUUCUCAUGGCCAUGACCUUAUAUUGAUCCUUACAAAAGGAAUAAAAAAACAAAUUCUUCCUUUUCUUUGGUGUUCCCAUUAAAAUUAAAUUGAAUCAAAACUUAAAUUAAAAUUUAUUGGGAAAUUUCUUCCAUGAUAUUAAUUUAAAAAAA